AUGCGUAAGUAUUUGGAGCGUUUGGGGAAAGAACCCUACCCACCAUCAGUGAAAAAAGUUAUCCAGGAAGAAAUUGAGCACUACGAAAUGAUGCAUAGUAAUUCGAGUGAAGCUAAUAUGUUUGCUCGCCAAAAAUUAGAGGAAAAGCAUUACGGUUUAAAAAAAGUAAAAGAGAAAAUUAUCGAAUAUUUAGCGGCCCAACAACAAGCUCGAGAGCCUUUAAACCAAGUUAUUUGUUUAGUUGGCCCUCCGGGUGUCGGAAAAACUUCAUUAGCCGCCUCUAUUGCCGAAGCUACCGGACGGAAAUUUGUCAGUAUUUCCUUAGGCGGAACACGGGAUGUGGCGGAAAUCAAAGGACAUAUUCGUACUUAUAUCGGUUCUUUACCGGGAAAAAUUAUCCAAGCCAUGAAAAAAGUUCAGGUGAUUAAUCCGUGUUUUUUGAUUGACGAAAUUGACAAAAUUUCUUCCGAUUACCGCGGCGACCCUGCUUCCGCUUUACUUCAAGUUUUAGACCCUAAUCAAAAUAAGGAAUUCAAGGAUGAUUACUUGGGAGAGGGAGUUUCUUAUAAUCUCUCGGAGGUAAUCUUUAUUUGUACCGCUAAUGAUGAAAGAGAAUUACCAUUACCUUUGCUUGAUAGAAUGGAGACAAUUUCGAUUUCUUCCUACACUGAAAUCGAAAAAUUUCAUAUUGCUAAAGAAUAUUUAAUUCCCGAAAAUUUAAAAAAACACAAUUUAAGUGUUGAGGAAAUAAAUUUUGAAGACCAAGCUGUUCGGAACCUAAUAAAAUAUUACACUCGGGAAGCAGGGGUGCGAGAAUUAAAUCGAAAAAUCCAAUUAAUUAUUCGUAAGUUUAUUGUCGAACUUAGGCAAAAUCAGAAAGAAAAAGUGGUGAUUACUCCCGAUAAUUUACAAGAGUAUUUGGGGAAAAAAGAUUAUGAUUUUACUCAAAAACAAAAAAUCUCCCAGCCGGGGGUAGUCACUGGUGAAUUGGAAGGAGAAGCCACUGGUAAGUUGGGGGAUGUGAUGAAAGAAUCAGUCAAAGUGGCUUUUAAUUAUGUCAAGUCUUAUUUGGAAAAAGAAAAUGAAAAAAAUAGUCAAAAGUUUAAAAAAGAAUUAGCAGUUUUCAAAAGUCAUAAUGUUAAUCUUCAUGUUCCGGAAGGAGCAGUGGGAAAAGACGGACCCAGUGCUGGAAUUACCGUCGCCACGGCAAUUUUUUCGGCUUUGAUGGGGCAAAAAGUUUCUUCGGAAAUUGGUAUGACGGGGGAAAUAACCCUGACCGGAAGAGUUCUCCCAAUUGGUGGUUUAAAAGAAAAAUCUAUUGCGGCUCAUCGGAGCGGACUAAAAACCAUUAUAAUUCCUAAGGCUAAUGAGAAAGAUAUUGAAGAUAUUCCACCGGAAAUUCGCCAAAAUCUCACAAUUGUCAUGGUCGAAGAAUAUGAAGAAUUUUUCGCCCAAAAAAAAGGUGGUGGUUCGGCGGCUACUAAUUGUAACCACGACUCAAUUUCGAAACGGUUAGGAGUAAAAAAAUUUGGCGGUGAAUACGUUAAAAAAGGUGCCAUUAUUGUUCGCCAACGUGGUAGUAAAUACAAAGUUGGUCAAAACGUUUAUUUAGGGAGGGAUUAUACUAUUCAUGCCGAGCAAGAAGCAGAAUGGAUAACUUAUAACGAUGGAAAUUACUAUCACCUUAACUGUGCUAAUGAAUAUCCCUUUAAUACUUACCGAAUAGUAAGAAAACUGGGUGAGUCCUCUACUGCGAUAGUGCCUAGUUCAUCUUCAUCUACAAAUAUAAUCACUACUCGCGGUUCUUCUUCUAAUAUAGUUAUUUCGCCUAGUCUUGCGAAUGCUAUGGGAAGUUCAGAAACAAUGGAACUAGCUCGGCACAUGUCUCGAAUGGUGGACGAAAACGAUAAGGAAUACGAACUUAAAAUAGAGGAUAAUAAGGAUGGGGGAAAAAGAGGCGUUUUUACUCCAAUAAAAAAAGCCAUGAAUGAUUUAGAAAAACCCUUUGAUGGUGGUGAUGAUGAAAAGGGUAAAAAUGUUAAAGUUCCUCCAAAAGAAAGUUUAAUUUAUGUUGCCAGUGGUGAUAUUGAUGGGACAACUGUUUUCGUGGAAAGAAAAGGUCAAGAUGGAUUUAUUAAAGAAAGUUAUUAUCAGCCGAGAAGUGAGGAGGACAAAAAAAGGAUUAUAGAAAGAAAUCAAAAAAGGCGAGAGCAAGAAAAAUUCCUAGUGGAAAGUUCUCUCAAUCAGAAUGAAAAAAAUUCCGAAAACACGUCCUUAAACCAAGAUGCCAAAGAAACCAAUCAAGUUCCGUCCGAUAAAAAAGAAAAACAACUGGAAACUAACCAACAUUACUCUCAAAAGCCAAAUAGAAAAAUAUUUGACAACCAGGAAACAAAAGACCAAAGCCCAAAAGAUAGCGAGAGAAUAAUUUGGCUUAAUAAUUGCCUAGUUAAAGAAAAAUACUUACAGGAAAACAUUGCUCAGAAGUUAAAAAUUACUUGGGAGUUUUCCCGUUUGCCACCUUUAGAGCAAGCGAUAUUAAUUUUUGCUACUUAUGAAUUAUUUUUUGGUUCUUAUUCUAGUUAUCCAAAAGUAAUAAUUGACCAAACAAUAAAUUUCAGUAAAGUUUAUUUAGCGGAAAACAAAUAUAAAUAUAUUAAUAAAGUUUUAGAUUUAUUAGUUAAAGAUUACCAAAAUAAUGAAGUAAUUCAAUCCCUAGAACCUUUUGCUCUUUAUUUAGCGUUGCAAGAAAGUAAAUUAAUUCCCCUCGGGCUAGAAAAAUUGGCAUCUGUCAAGGAAUUUUCACAACUUUUUGAGUCUUUUUGGCAAAAAAAUAACCAACUAAUUAAUUAUUCUCCUUAUGGCUCCCAAUUAGUUAUAAAUUUUCCCGCACAAGUUGCCCAGAAAAACGCCCCUGAUUUUUAUAACCGAGCCCCUUUUUUAAGUUUAGCCAAGGAACUAUUGAUGCUGGUAAAAGAAAAAAAAGCCGAAGUAAUUUUCUUAUCGGCUUAUGAUGAACAAGUUUUCGACCACGGUGACCCACGCAAAAAAAAAAUAUUUGCGGAAACUUUUGGCAAAGCACCUAAUUGCUCUUUAAGUCUAAUUGGAUUUAAAUGA